CCUUAAAGAUGCUUCAGAAAUUGAUAUUGAUCCCUUUGGCAACCGCAGAUCAAAAUGUGCAGGUACAUAUUUGGCUUCUCUCCAGUAGUUAUUGGUGGUGAUGGCCUUUCACGCUAUAGGACAGAUUUUCAUGAAAUAGUGCAAAUUGGUAAUGGAAACUUCAGUCGUGUUUUCAAAGUUUUGAAAAGAAUUGAUGGUUGCAUGUAUGCAGUAAAAUGUAGUGCAAGGCAAUUACAUCAGGAUGCAGAAAGGCGAAAAGCUUUGAUGGAAGUUCAAGCCUUGGCCGCUUUAGGAUCCCAUGAAAACAUUGUUAGCUAUUACUCUUCUUGGUUUGAGAAUGAGCACCUCUACAUCCAGAUGGAGCUCUGUGAUCAUAGCUUGUCUAUCAAUAGAUUUUCUAAAUUAUCCACAGAGGGUGGGGUGUUAGAAGCAAUGCAUCAGGUAGCCAAAGCCUUGCAGUUUAUACAUGAGAGAGGGAUAGCUCACCUAGAUGUAAAGCCCGAGAAUAUUUAUGUCAAGAACGGUGUUUAUAAGCUUGGAGAUUUUGGCUGUGCAACUCUACUCAAUAGGAGCCUGCCAAUCGAAGAGGGUGAUGCACGUUAUAUGCCCCAAGAAAUCCUGAAUGACAAGUAUGAUCAUCUUGACAAGGUUGACAUUUUCUCACUGGGAGCUGCUAUCUAUGAGCUUGUCAAAGGGUCUGCGUUGCCAGAGUCGGGGCCCUUUUUCCUGAAUCUUAGGGAAGGAAAACUGCCGCUCCUGCCAGGCCACUCUAUGCAGUUUCAGAACUUACUCAAGGUCAUUAUGGAUCCAGACCCUGCUCGGCGACCUUCUGCCAAAGAACUAGUUGAAAAUCCAAUUUUUGACAGGCGCCAACGAAUUGGAAAAACUAAGUAAGACCAUUUUUUUGAUUCAGAUUUUGUCUGGGGUUUGAAAUUGCAAUCGAACUAUAAGAGAUUAUAUAUAUGGCUACUUCUAAUGACUGUGUACAGCUAAUCCUCCAGACCCUGCAAUGGAAAAAGUCUCGUGGAUUGGGAAUGCUCUACUUCUAAUGGCUAAUCCAUAAAGAAGAAAAGUCAGGAAAAAGUUUAUAACUGGGCCAGUUUUGUAACAAUUGUAUUGAGCCCAGUAUAUGGCACCAGGUUUUUCCAUUUGCAUGGUGCUUAUUUUGUAAAAAGUUACACAAGAAACCUGGGUAAGUGUUGUAUUUUGUUGCGAAUUAGGUGACACUAUAUAUGCAGUCCUAAUG